AUGCCGAGGGCAUCAUUGGACUUGCAGAAUUCGGACGAUUUGAAUGCAGUAUCGGGGGAAUGGCGGUUCGCGGUGGGACUGGUGCCGGGUGAGCCUAACGAAGGACUUGUCGCGCUGAGCGAGGGCAGCCCUGCGCGCCUGCCAGACUACGAUGAUUCCGGAUGGGAAGUAUGCGGGGACCUCGCGCAGUGGCACUCGCACGGGUUGUCAUUCAUCUGGUAUCGCAUCGAGAUUACGAUACCAGAAACAAUCGGCGGGCGAGAUGUACGAGGAACCAAUUGCCUGUUCGAGACCUGCAUCGACGACUACGGAGAGGUGUGGGUUAAUGGCGAGCUGGACAUGGCAAAGGGGACGGUGCAGGGGUUCAAUAUACCGCAGCGCGUGGUGGUGACCGCGGACCCGCAGCCCGGCGACAAGCAUACCCUUGCGUUGCUCGCAAUCAACGGGCCGAUCGCGAGGCCAGGUGGCGCGGUCUUUGUGCGGUAUGCAACUCUGGCAUUCGAGUGGCGGGAUCCAAGUUACUAG